AUGUUUUUCACGCUUGAAGCCCUGUUCGCGAUUGUGGCCGUCAUCGGUGGGUUCGUGUAUUACGUCGUGCGUAAGCAGUCUUACUGGAAAGACAACGGAGUGCCACACCCAAAGCCGGCGUUCUUUUUCGGCAGUUUCAAAGACGCCGGGACGAAGAAGCAUUUUACGACGUCACUAGAAAAGUACUAUGGCCAGUACAAGGGGCAGCACCCGUUCAUGGGAGCGUACAUGUUCCUGUCGCCGGCCGUACUGGUGUCGGAUUUGGAUCUGAUCAAGACGAUUCUCGUCAAAGACUUCCAGUACUUCCACGACCGCGGGAUGUACUACAACGAAAAGUAUGACCCACUGUCGGCGCAUCUGUUCAACCUGGAGGGCCAGAAGUGGCGCUCGUUGCGGAACAAGCUAUCGCCGACGUUCACUUCCGGCAAGAUGAAGACGAUGUUCCCGACGAUCGUGGCCGCUGGCAAGCAGCUGAAUGAGUUCAUGGAGGAAACGGUAAAGAAUCAGGACGAGUUUGAGCUGAAAGACAUUUUGGCGCGCUUCACGACCGACGUGAUCGGAACGUGCGCGUUCGGGAUCGAGUGCAACAGCAUGAAGGAUCCGGACGCCAAAUUCCGUGCCAUCGGUAGGCGGCUGAUCGAGAAACAGCCGUCCAACUUCGUUAACGCACUGGUGACGCUCAUACCGAAGCUAAGCAAGAUGAUCGGGGUGAAAAUCAUCGACACGGAGGUGUCGGCCUUUCUGCUGAAGGUGGUCCGCGAGACGAUCGACUACCGGGUGAAGCACGGAAUUCAGCGACACGAUUUCAUGGACUUGCUGAUCGGUAUGAUGCGAAACACCGAAAACCCGGACGAGUCGCUGACGUUCAACGAGGUGGCCGCCCAGGCAUUCGUGUUCUUCUUCGCCGGUUUCGAAACGUCGUCCACGCUGCUCACCUGGACACUGUACGAGCUGGCCCAAAAUCAGGACAUCCAGCAGAAGGGUCGCCAAUGUGUGAACGACGUGCUCAAGCGGCACAACGGCGAGAUGACCUACGAAGCUACCAUAGAGAUGAAGUAUUUGGACCAAAUACUAAACGAGUCCCUCCGCAAAUAUCCGCCGGUGCCGAUGCACUUCCGGCUGACGGCCAAAGAUUAUCGUGUGCCGGGUACGGAUUCGGUGAUCAAGGCCGGCGUCCCGGUCUUUAUACCAAUCUACCCGAUACAGCGGGAUCCGGAGCUGUUCCCGGAGCCACUCCGGUUCGAUCCGGAGCGUUUCAGUCCCGAGGAGGAAGCCAAGCGUCACCCGUACGCUUUCAUCCCGUUCGGAGAAGGUCCUCGGAUUUGCAUCGGGUUGCGGUUCGGCAUGAUGCAGGCACGGAUUGGAUUGGCGUAUCUGCUGAAAGGGUUCCAGUUCAGCACGUACGAGAAGACGUCCAUCCCGAUGCAGUUCGUUGAGAACAGCUUCAUUCUGGCCCCGAAAGAUGGCCUCUGGCUGAAGGUGACCAAAUUGUAG